AUGAGUCAGAAACGCCCAGCAAGUGAUGGUAGUGAGUCUGCUGCUGCGAAGAAAACAAGAAAAACUAUCACCCUAGCAAUGAAAUUGGAGGUUUUAAAACGCCUUGAGGCUGGAGAACGAGCAGUUGAUAUUGGUAGAGCGCUUGGACUACCCCCUACGACGGUGAGAACAAUCCGUGGUAACGCUGAAAAAAUCAAACAAAGUGCGCGAAGCGUUACACCUUUAAGUGCUGGCAGGGUAAGUCGGACCAGAAGCAGCAUCAUGGAGAAUAUGGAAAGACUCUUGGCGGUCUGGAUUGAAGACCAAAACCAGCGCCAGGUGCCUCUUAGUUUGAUGGUCAUUCAAGCAAAAGCUAAAAGCCUCUAUGACGACUUGCAGAAUGAGCAGGGUGAGAGUUCACAGUCAGAAAGUUUCAAUGCCAGUCGUGGAUGGUUCGAGCGUUUCAAAAAACGUUCCUAUCUGCAUAGUAUUAAAGUGACUGGUGAAGUGACUAGUGCCAAUACAGAAGUGGCUGAUGAAUUUGCUGCCUAUUUGAAGAGAAUCAUUGAAGAAGGUGGCUACUCACCGAAACAAGUCUUUAAUGUUGAUGAAACGGGGCUUUAUUGGAAGCGUAUGCCAAAGAAAACUUACAUCUCCAGAGAGGAGAAGACGGCGCCAGGAUUUAAAGCUGCUAAAGAUCGCCUGACUGUUCUGCUUGGUGGGAAUGCUGCAGGAGAUUUCAAGUUUAAGCCCUUGGUGGUGCACCAUUCCGAGACGCCAAGGGCUCUAAGGGGUUAUUCCAAGGAACAUUGUGUCAUUUGGCGUUCAAAUAAGAAAGCCUGGAUGACUGGAGCACUCUUUCAAGAAUGGUUCUCUCUAUAUGCCAUUCCUGCCUGGAGGGAAUAUUGUGCAAGAGAAAAUAUCGCUUUCAAGAUAUUGCUCCUCUUGGAUAAUUGUCCAGGUCAUCCUAUCAACCUUGAUGACUUGUCUGAAAAUGUGAAGGUGAUUUUCCUGCCUCCCAACGUGAAUUCAUUGCUACAGCCCAUGGCUCAGGGAGUAAUAGCAGCAUUCAAAGCCUACUACCUGCGCCGCACCUUUUCCCAGCUCCUCAGUGAAACUGAUGGUGAGAAUGCGCCAUCAGUCAGGGAAUUUUGGCGUGGCUACAAUAUCCUCAAGGGCAUCAACAAUAUUGCUGAUUCAUGGGAUGAAGUCACGUCGUCAUGUCUGAACGGUGUGUGGCAGAAGAUGUGGCCUGAGUGUGUCAGUGACCACGGAGGUUCUCAUGACACUGUCCCUGAGGUUCAGCAUGAAAUCCUCACCUUGGCAAGGGAAGUUGGUUUUGAUGAAGUGGAUGAGGCUGACGUGGUGGAAUUGCUCAAGUCCCACGGAGAGGAAUUGUCCAAUGAGGACUUAAUGCAGCUAGAGAGUCAACGAGCAGAAGAGGAAGACCGCACUGAAAUACCACCCCCUCAAAUUUUGUCAACAAAACGACUUUCAAGAGCUUUCCAAAUCAUGGAAGAGGCAAUGGAAAUCUUCACAGAGGAUGACCCAAACAGAGAACGCAGUGCCAAAGUGAACAGGGCAAUCAACGAUGGCAUUAACUGCUACAAAGAGAUCUACCAGCAGAAGAAAGAGAAAACCGUCCAACAGUCCUUGGAUAAAUUUUUCAAGGUUGUUGACAGCCCUGGCUCUCUGACCCAUUAA